CUUAGAGAACCGGGAAAGCCAAAAAAAAGAAGAAGAAAAAAAAAAAGAAUACAAUGGAGAAGAUGAGGAAAUCUGGGUCCGUACUUCUCCUUGCUUUUGCCCUCGUUCUUGCUUCCUUAGCCUCUGCGUCCUCCUCUUCUUGUUCGGAGGAUUCUGCUCUGGAGAAGGACAGGGUGCAGACUAAUUUGCUAGGGCAAGACUUCAACGUUGAAUUUGCCCAUUACUCUGGUUACGUAACAAUUGAUGAGGAGGCAGGUAGAGCUCUCUUUUACUGGUUCUUUGAGGCCGCUGAGGAUCCUGCAUCCAAACCUCUCGCUCUCUGGUUGACUGGGGGGCCUGGAUGUUCUGCAAUUGCUUAUGGAAUGGCAGAGGAAGUCGGACCUUUCCAUGUUAAGCCAGACGGCAAAAGCCUCUAUUUGAAUCCUUAUUCAUGGAAUCAAGUGGCUAAUAUGUUGUUCCUUGAAGCCCCUGCUGGUACUGGAUUUUCCUACUCAAACAACACCAAUGAUGUGUUGAGUAAUGGAGAUGAAAGGACUGCCAAGGAUUCCUUAAAAUUUUUACAGAACUGGUUCAAACGGUUUCCUCAGUACAAGGGACGUGAUUUCUAUAUAACUGGAGAGAGCUAUGGAGGGCAUUUUAUUCCUCAGUUGGCCCAAGUUAUUGUAAGGUCUCAGAAAGUGACAGGAGACAAAUCAAUUAAUUUGAAGGGUUAUUUGGUGGGAAAUCCUGCAACUGAUGAUUUUCUCGACAAUGUGGGAAGCUUCCAAUACAUGUGGACUGCCGGCUUGAUAUCGGAUGAGACAUACAAUCUGUUAAAUGUUUUUUGUGACUUUGAGUCAUUUCUACGACCAUCAGAACAAUGUAACGAAAUCCUUGAAGUUGCUAGCAGUGAACUUGGAAACAUUGAUUCAUACAGCAUCUUCACGCCUACCUGUCCCGGGAGUACUAACUUUCCACGGAAUAAACUGCUCAAAAGAUUACACUCAGUUGCAAAGAUGGGUGAAAAGUUUGACCCAUGUACUGACAGAUAUGCAGCAGUUUAUUUCAACUUGCCUGAGGUUCAAAAUGCUCUUCAUGUUAAUCCAGUGGUUGCACCAUCUAAGUGGGAAACUUGCAGUGAUGCUGUGAAAGAUAAUUGGAGGGAUUCUUCUAGGUCCAUACUACCCAUAUACCGCGAGCUAAUAGAGCACGGCCUUCGAAUAUGGGUGUUCAGUGGGGAUGCAGAUAGCGUAAUUCCAGUUCCAUCCACUCGGUACGUUAUUGAUGCUCUCAAACUUCCAACUGUAACUCCAUGGCAUCCCUGGUAUGAUGAUGGUCAGGUUGGUGGGAGGACCCAAGUGUACGAGGGGCUAACAUAUGUUACUGUUAGAGGUGCUGGCCAUGAGGUUCCUCUUCUUCGACCCAAGCAAGCCCUCAUACUCUUCAGGUCAUAUUUGGCAGCAAGUCCGAUGCCGACUCUCUCUGAGGUUGAGGAUUCUUGAGUUUGGCCUCCGCCUUCUAUUUCUGCAGGCUAAUGGACACUUUCAAGCUUCUUCAGCUUCCAGUUUAAACGAAAUGCCAGAAGAAUGCGGAUAUCCCAUUUUUCUUUUGAUGCACAAUAAAACCUUGUUCGGUUUGUAUACAUUCAGGGUUACGAGUUUUAGAUUGGUUACCUUUUUGUAGUUUUAUGGGAAGAUUUAGAGGCUGGGUCUUCUUAACAUCACGUAUUUGGAUGUAAUAUGAAGCUUUUCCUUUUUGGCGUUGGGGAACUGUAUAAAAAAAAUAAAAGGAGUCGCGGAGGGAGGCUGUAUUUUGAACU